AUGGCCCAGUUCAAAACAGCCCUUGAAGCGUCCUCUUACCAGCACCCUGGACACUGCAGCCCGUACGAGCAUCAUCGCAAGCAGACGAUGGAGAAAAUGCUGGAACUUGGAUGCGAGUAUGCAACAAUGGCUGAGCAUGCUCUAUCCUGGGCCGAGGACCAGGACCCCUUCGGACACGUCAUGUCACAGGCCUAUCCACACAUCAACGCCAAGUGCUUCACUCGGCUGCUUGAGUCAUUUGAAGAGUCUCUAAAGGAUAAGUUCCCUGAUUUUAUGGGCGCUCGUGGGAUAAGUGCCAUGACAAACAGAUACACAAUGGCUGUGAAGAGGGUGGUGAAAUAUCCUGAUACCGUCAUCACCGGUGCGCGCAUCUCGGAAGUCCGCCCAGACCGCGUUUUUGUGAUAUUUUCCGUCUGGUCAGUACGCCAAAACAUUAUGGUCGCCGAGUUUCAGGCUUGGGUUGUCUUCUUCAACCAUGAUAAGGGUGUGACUGUUGAGUUACCUAGGGAGGGUGGGGUUUACAAUGAACUCUACAGGAAUCUCUUAAGACGGGCCGAAGAGUCAAAUCGUGCGGUCCAACGUUGGCACAUGAAGAAAAUCGCUGGUAGCCCGGCACAGGAAAAGCUGUAG